AUCGUCCUGAAUGACUGUUGCUCAUGAACUCCCGAUCGUAGCACCGUUACCCCCGCUGGAAUUACCGUCCUCAAUGUCAACAACAACAAAAGAACAAUCCCACAACAUCAAUUCCCCACCGCCCGACGCCCCAGACAACUUCUCGACACCACCGACGUCCACCCUCAACGACAAGGACAACCACCCAUCGCGCCUCCUCUCCCCGCCCACAAACCUCUUGCGCAAAUCAAUUUCCGUCGACUCAUUCGUCGCCGCCAGCCAUAACCCUUCUCGCCCUUCCAAACAUCCACCAGAGCCUGAACCUUCACGCAGCCGGGGAUAUAGUGCAGCCCCGCAGCCCAAAGUUGACAGGAACUAUCCGUGGUCUGGCCGAAAUCGAGGCGCCAGUGUCAGCUCCGUGCGAGAGGACGAUGACUCCCCGUCCUUCCUCGACUCCGAUGUCGAACGGUUCGAUCCACAUGUACCAAUAGACCGUUUUCGACACGCGUCACUCAAGGGUCAAGAAGCCCAACGGCCUGUUAUUCGUGGAGGCGAACUGCCUCUUCCUUCCAGAACUCAGGGCUUGAGUGCCGCCUCGAGCAUGAGCAGCGUCCUGACCGCUUCUUCCAGUUCAAGCCCACGAGACCCACAGUCCCUUCCCCGCACCCUAUCAUCUUUGCAACCCUCUAUGCGGCCCCAUCAGCCAACGAAAAAGGAACAUUUUGGGAGGGCGCGGAGCGGGAGUCUGGGCGUCUAUACACCCGCAGUCCAUGAGUCCAGGCGGAUGACAAUUAACACUCACGUCAGCAUGUCAAAGCCAGCACACACUAUCACUUUGGCAAUUAUCGGCACAGCGAGCUGCGGAAAAUCCUCCGUCAUUCGGAAAGGGCUGGCCAAUUAUUCCUUAUCUGAGGCCGCGACCUCGCAUGCCCCUGAUAACCCCGUCAUUCGAUAUACUCAGCGCACGGGUCGCAUACCAUCCGAAUCGUCAGCCGACUGUCUCUUACAUGCCGUAGAGAUUGACGUUCCUUCAUCCAUAACAGCUCUCCCUCCACUCCCUAAAGAUCUGCCUGCUCUGGAUGGAGUGAUUAUUUGCUACGAUUCGUCAAAUGCCACUUCAUUCCAACCCGUUGAAAUGCUGCUCAAAGGGUACCGGGCGAAGAAGUUACCGAUCAUUGUUCUGGCCUGCAAGACUGAUCUUGAGCGCCGCAUAGAGCCAGAUCGCGCCUCGGAACUUCUCCAAGAGUAUGAUGUAGGGUUAGUAGAGGUGACCAGCACUCAGGACAGUGGUAAAGGGAAGAUGCGUCAGUCGUUCGAUUGGCUUGUCAAGGCUGUUUUUCAAUCCCAGACCGGUGAUGACAGGAAUCCAGCAUCUCCAGAGUUCUUGCGCAACCCUGGCCAUCCAUGGGAACCGUCACGGACAACAACACCAACAGCCUUCACCUCUCAGGGCGUCAGCACUGUCCCCUUUGGUCCCUCGAUAUCAACAGGGGGAUCAUCUGUAUCUACAUCCAUCGCCUCGAUAUCACCUACUUCGCCCGUGCGAGUUCGCUCAACCGGAGAUUUGUUGUAUGAGAAGGAGAGAACACGCCUGCGUUCUGCACCGUCGGAACCCCAGCCUCCUCCGCCAGAUCUCCUACCCCGCCCCCGUCACAGCAGUGAGGUUCAAGCAGAUUCGAAGGAUCACAAAGUGCAAUCCGCACCUUCCAAUGGAAUACCCCCGGCCCCGGAGGUCAGACAAGAAAGACCCAAAAAGGAUCCACCUCAAGCUCAAUGGGCAACCUUGGACGAGCUACUUGAUAAACUGCUGUUCUUGGCAGUCAGCGGUGAUGACCCCGCAUUCAUUUCUCACUUUCUCCUUACCUAUCGGCGAUUCGCUACCCCACGGAGCGUGUUGCUGGCGAUGCAGAAGCGGAUGCGCCAGUUGGACAACCCUUCUGGAGAUCCCAUGUUUGCCUGCUUUGCCCAGAUGAGGAUAUGUCAUCUACUGGAAACAUGGAUUCGGGAUUACCCAGACGACUUUGCGGUGAAAGGGACAGCAGGUGCCCUCAACGCAUUGAUCAAGUCGAUUAUUUCCAAAACACAUCUUCUCCACUAUGGCUCCGAAUUCUUGCCCUUCCUCGAGAUGCUACCUUCGAGAUCGGAUCACGACUCUCCAUGGGCUCUCAAGGGUGAGGUAUCCGCGGAUGAGAGCGAUGAUUCCUACAGCUUCAUGGAGGAUGAAGAGGACGACGUCGAAUCUCCGCCGCGGGAUGCGACAGAGUCUCCUACGUCAAGCAAAUCCGCAACGCAAGACCAGUCUCCCCCGUCCAAUCUGCGAGAGCGCAAAUCUAGUCUUCCAUUGACCAAGUCCAUUCUUGGUGGAAGUUCCGCCAAUUCAACCGAUCCUUCCCCGAAACAGCAGCUCAAGGACCUCACCAAACUUGCUCAAGAUGUCCUGAAUUGUGACUCAGAGGAAAUCGCCCAGGAAAUCACCCGUCAGUGGGUAAAGCGAUUCAUGGAGAUCAAGCCGAGGGACUGGCUUCACUACACCUUUAUCUCGAACAAAAAACCUGAUAAUGAUCCCAUUACGGCCUUCAAUGUAGUUUCGGCUCACCUUGCCGACUGGGUCAUCUCGCUGAUACUGUGUCACGAUCGUCCCCGUCAUCGAGCGCGCCAAGUGGAGAAAUUCGUGGACAUUGCACAUCGCUUGCGAAUGUUGAACAAUUACUCUGCUCUACGCGCCGUCGUCGCGGGCAUCAACAGCGCUACCUUCCCCGGUGACGAGACAAUGGAGAUAUUCAAGUCCAGGUCUCCAGAACAGGCGAAGAAUUUGCAAUCCUUCGACGUCCUCCUUCAGCAAAUCAGAGCCCAUCGCGCCUACCGGUUAGCAUUGAGGAAUUCGAAGGGCGCUUGUAUCCCCGCUAUGGAGGUUCAUAUGUCUGAUCUCAUCCGAGCCAACGAAGGUAACGGAGAUUUCAACGAUGCAGACCCUUCGAAGAUACAUUGGGGGAAGUUCAAUAUGAUGGGUCGGUUCGUGGACACCACCACUCAGUGCCAGAUCCAAUGCAGCAAUUCCAACGACUACGACUUUCCCGAGAGGCCGGCAGUGGCUGAGCUGUUCGUGAAGCGACCUGUGAUGAGUCCGGAGUCAUCGCUGCAGCUUCAGAAAGCGAGACUGGCUUUGCUCGAUUCUGACUUUGAUGACUCGAAACCAAGCAACUCCAAUCAGGCAAAGUCAGAUAUCACCGGUUUGCGCAAGAUGUUCUUCUGGUGA